GCCGAGGUAUGGAAAGAAAAGUAAUAGGUCCGAGUCAGAAAAUGCCUGUUUCCACCGAGGUAUACCUAAGUACAUACAUGCUGUGCUUUUCUCAAUCAUGUGAGGAAAUACAAUAAACAUCUUAUAAUAUACUUCGUGAAUGUCACAUACGUUAUAUAACGUUCCUUUCGCAGUAUACUUAGCGCGCACUGCGCAACCUGCAUCGUUUGCAGGACCCGGGGACAUUAUGGAAUGAUUUGUCCCGCGUCAGUUCUGCGUUGUCGACGCUACGAUACGAUAAAAAUAAAUGCGAUUUACGAAUAAAAUGCGACUAUUUGAGAGUCAAAUUUGAGUAAAAGUUAUUUUCCUACUGACAAAUUGGUUUACCAGAUAAUCUGCCAAAGGCUCAACUUAUUUUCUGGCAGUGUCAUCGUUCGAACGAGACGCUGUGGGGGUGGAUUUGGUUCCAAGAUCUCCAGGCACAUGUUCGCAGCCACGGCCACGGCUCUGGUGGCUUACAGGCUCAACAGGCCUUGCCGAAUGGCCAUGAGGAUGCCAGAUAUUACGAGGAUUACUGGAAAGAGACCGGACACUAGACUUGAUUAUGAGGUGGGCGUAGACGGAAACGGGCAAAUCCAAUACAUGGAAGCGAGCUUCUACAUCAACGACGGCAUGAGUUCAAAUGAAAAUGAGAACUCAUACGCCACCAAAUCCCUGAGGAACUGCUACAACCCUGACCGGUGGAAAGUGGAGUCUUUCGGCGCCAUUACAGAUGCGCCGACCAACUGUUUUAUGAGGGCUCCAGGUACCUAAACCUACGUUAUGUAUAUGUCCUUUAAACCUCAAUAGAAUUUCAUCUUCAAAGUUCCGAUUUAA